AAGUCCCAACCACAAUUAUGAUUAACCACCAAGUCCCAACCACUCCCUCUCGCCUUUCCUCUCUCUCUCUCUCCUCUCUCUCUCUCCCCUCCACAACCGUCCUCUCUCUCCUCCACAACCGUCCCAUUCCUACUUUCUCAUCACCCGUCCCACAAACAUUAUUCUCUCUCUCUCUCUCUCUCUCUCUCUCUCUCUCUCUCUCUCUCUCUCUCUCUCUUUCAGGCGUCAAUGGAGCUAACAGCAAACAAUCCUCAAAAACCACCCUCUCUCCCAUGGAAGACCCGCAUCGUCCUCUCAGUCCUCGGCACAGUCACCGACGCCUCCCAACGCAGCGACGGCACCGUCAACCGCCGCCUCCUCAAGCUCAUCAACUUCACGUCACCACCCAACGCCAAGCCCGUCAACGGCGUCAAAUCCCACGACGUCACCGUCGACCCGACCCGCAACCUAUGGUUCCGCGUCUUCGUCCCAACCGCCACAACCCAACCCCUCCCCGUGAUCGUCUUCUUCCACGGCGGGGGGUUCGUGUACCUGACGGCCGAUGCCAAGGCGUAUGACGCCGUUUGCCGUCGUUUUGCGCGCAAGGUCUCGGUUGUGGUUGUCUCCGUUAAUUACCGGCUGGCACCCGAGCACCGGUGCCCGGCCCAAUACGACGACGGAUUCGACGUGCUUAAGUUUCUUGACGAGAGGAAAUCGGGAGUUCUGCCGGAAAACGCGGAUCUCUCUUGUUGUUUUCUUGCUGGUGAUAGUGCUGGAGCUAAUCUUGCUCACAACGUAGCGAAACGAGCGUCAGAAUCUACGUUUACGCAAUUGAAGGUGAUCGGACUGGUGGCGAUACAGCCGUUCUUCGGGGGAGAAGAGAGAACAGACUCAGAAAAGAGGCUAUCAUUACUAGUAUCAAUGGACAGGACAGAUUGGCUAUGGAAUGCUUUCCUACCAUCGGGCGAGGCGGCAGCAGCAGGCAGGGAUCACGAAGCGAUAAACGUGUGCGGGCCGAGGGCGGCAGACAUAUCGAAGGUAGACCAAUUCCCCGCGACGGUGGUAUUCGUGGGAGGUUUGGAUGCCUUACAGGACUGGCAACGGCGGUACUACGAAUGGCUUAAGAGGUCGGGAAAAGAAGCGUACCUGGUGGAGUACCCAAACAUGUUUCAUGCCUUCUACAUAUUCCCUGAAUUACCAGAAUCCAGAGAGUUGAUUUCUCAGGUCGCGGAGUUUGUUCACAAGCAGUGCCUGCAGCCAGAUCGCUAGCUAUAGAAGAGAUGCAUGCAGGAGAAACUGCAUGCUACAAAUAAUAAUUGAGUAAUGCCUUUAUUCAGUUCAGUUCUUUUUGGGCAGCAUGGUGAUGUUUUAGCUAGCUACUCCUAUCUCGUAUACUUGAAGUGAGGGUGCAUGUGUUCCAGAACACUUUCUUAAAAUAUAAAUAUUUAUUUUAUAUUUUUAAACUCAAAAAUAAUAUAAAUGAAACAUAAUUUUUCAA